GAAAUAUUAGUUUACUAUCAUUGCUUUAUAAUUUUGAGGUUCUGACGCAAAGCCAAUCACCGCUGAAGAGAUUUCGGAACCACACGCCGGUAAAGAGGAGCUGAUUGGUAGAGGUGCUUCGGCUGAGGUGUUCAAAGUAGUUUUUCAAGGAGAGGUAUUCCAAUUUACAGCAUUGAAAAGAGAGGCAGUUGUGAUCAAUCGACUUCGACAUCCGAACAUUAUUCAUUUGCUCGGGGUGUGUUUGGAGCAUCCACGUAUUGGUUUGGUUCUGGAACUAUGCGAAGGUGGCUCUCUGAAGAAGUUGUGCCAGAAACUUGUGAAUUCCUUUGUUUCGGUGAGAGUACUUGUCGAUUGGGCUGCGCAAAUCGCAUCAGCUAUGAGGUGUCUCGCCGCAGAAGGGCUAAUGCAUAGAGAUCUCAAAGCAGACAAUGCGGUAAGUGUUAUUUUCUACUUUUUUUUUUGUUCAACCUCUUGCUUAUUUCAUAUGGUAAGUAUUUUUCUAUAUGUUAGUCAGAGCCUGGUUGGCACAUAUGCAUGGAUGGCUCCAGAAGCGUAUAAGUUCCAAAAAUAUUCUGAGGCGUCGGAUGUAUGGAGCUUUGGUGUGUUAUUAUGGGAACUACUCACUAGGAAGGAUCCGCAUCAAGGAUGUAUGCCGAUUACAGUUGCCUUCCACGUAUCGACGAAAGGUAUCGAUCUACCGAUUGCUGAUGACUGUCCCUUAAAAUGGAAAGACAUCAUGCAGAGCUGUUGGCAGGUAAGCUUUUAG